AUGCAGUCUUCACCCUACAGGGAUCCACCUCCAUAUCCAGGACAUUCUAAACAAUUACUGCAGCCUGGGCUUCGUCAAAGCUUUUCUGGAAGUGAGACGAGCACCGAUGUCUCCCUUUCAUCCAGCGAAAACUUAAGCACCUGUCAAAGACAGGAACCACAAGGAGAAGAAACCCACCCACAAGAGAUGUACUAUGAUCUUAAACCAAUGCCAGAAGGUUAUAGUAUGUUGGCUCGGCUUGGAAUGCACUUGCCUGUUGAUGUGAAAAAUUUAAACGACCAAACUGUUUUCGCCACCAACAACCAACAUACAAUGAACAACAUUUACAUGACGCCUUCUACUCAGUAUUAUUCGACUACUAUACCACUUACAGUGCCUUCUACAUGGGAAAAUAAUCCAAUUAUCACAGGUCCAACUGACUCACGGAUUAUUCCAUUAAAUGCAACUGUUUCAAUGCCCAGCAACAUUGCAUAUACUAAUCAGUGUUUCUCACAACAGAACAUGGACCCACAGGUCCUGCAAUACCUUAGUAAUUUACCCCCACCUCCCGAGUAUAAAGCAAAGUCUGACAGUGAAUCAUCUGUCAAGAAAGACUUGCGUCGAUCAUAUGAGAUGCUUGAUAAAGUUGAACGGACUCGUUCACAACCUGAUCUCACUCGGUUUGGGGAUUCAAAAUUUCGGCAACCCAGUCCCCAGGGUUCUCAGUUUUAUGCAGGAGAGAAAAGCCCAGAAAACAAAGGGGAAGUAAUCUCAAUAAUGCAAGCUAAAGAUGGUGACAAGAUUGAGAGAAGCGCAGACACAACUAUGUUGUUGGCUCGCACAACAACAAUGGUUGAAAUUCUUACAAGCGAGAACAAAACCCUAAGGGAGAAAAACAAGACAUUACAGGAAGAGCUAAUUCGUACCAGGAAGCGUGUGGCAGCAUUACAAAAGUGUGAACAAGAAAUCACUAAAGUGACAGACGAAUACAAAACUUUGGAGCAAAAAUCCAGAAAGCUGCAGCAAUGGGAAGCAGCCUACAGGCAAAAAUUGGAAGAGGAAAACAAAAAAUUAAUGGCUGAAAACAAAAGUUUAAAAGAACAAUUGCAAGGCGUUAGUAACCCACUGACACAGGAGAUGACGGAAAAUGAUAUGAGGACAGAGCUGAGAAAGAAAGAAGCCAUUGUAGCUAAUCUGAUGUCAGUCAAUAAAGAAUUGCAAGGUUCAAAAGAACAAAUGCACGUGGAUGUUGUAAAAUCUCGUCAAACUGUUGAGCAACAAAGAUCUGAGAUUGAUAUCUUAGACAAUGCCUUAACGAAUGCCCAAAGCAAUGUUGUACGGCUGGAAGAAGAGUGUAAAAAGAAGCAAUUGUAUAUGGAACGACUUGACCAACUUCAGAAAGCAUUUGGCUCACUUCAACUGGCUACUGAAAAACGAGAACAAAUGGAGCAACAGCUACGCAAUAAACUCGAGAACGAACUUGAACAAUUACGACAACAAGAACUGGAAAAAAAAGAAUCCGGGAGCCAGACAUUGAAAGGGAACAAGGAUAGACCUCAUUUGCAUGAAAGUGUGGAUGAAUUAAAGGCACAGUUGCAAGAGAAAGACAGGAAGCUAUUGGAAUUGGAGGCUGAAGCAGCCAAGUGGGAACAAAGAUGUCUUGCAGAAACGGCAAAGAAACAGAGUGAACAAAAUACAAAUUUAGGGGACAAAGACAACCAGAUUGCUGUUUUUGAAAAGAGUGCACUUGAAAUGGAAAAGUUACUCUCAGAGUCAAAGUCUGAAAAAUUACGUCAUAUGGAAGAAGCCUUUCAAGCUAAAAAGAAAGCAGCUGAACUUGAAGCCAGGGUGAAAGAACUCCAGACAAGUUUGGUUGAAAAGGAAGCCAUGGUAAAAGCAUUACAACGGUCAACUCUUGGCCGUAGCAAUGGGGUUCACACUCUCCACUGCACACCUCUGCACUCGUCCCUUAUUUCAACCGGGUCUCUAACACGACAGGCAAGUACCAGUCAAGUUGAUGACCCCACUUUUAGAGAUUUUGGACUCAUCAAACACACAAAAUCAGGCAGCACAAGUGACAUAGGAUUGACUACAUCAUUCGCAGUUGAUACAUCAUGCCAAGAUAAACUCAAUGUUUCUUCUGAUAGCGAUGAAAAGAAUGAAGAGUUCAAUUUGUGGCAAGUUUGA